AUGGCGUCACGAUAUAUACGCAUCAUCUUUACCCUCUUGGCCGUUCUGUGCCUCACAACCACAACUUUUGCCAUCCCAACGGCAGAACAGCCCGCGCAGACCAUUUCUUCUCCUACACAGACGGUGGCGGCUCGGGCUUGCGCCGUAACGGCGAGGCAGAACACAAACUACAACGAGCAGAACCCGCCGCCUUUCAACCCGCCUGUUACUGCGGCGCCCACUCAAGAGGAUGCGCUGGCUAGUCUGGGGUGGAAGCAAUCUACCUACUAUGAGUGUCGGACGAGGGAUGGACAGGAGCGUUGUGGAUGGCAUAUUCCCGUUUACAAGGCUGGUGCUGCAGGACGGGGGAGCAAUCUGGGGUUGUUGGUUGCUGGCGUGGCGGCUGUGCUUGGUGUUGUCAUGUAA